AUGCCUGCAAUGCCUGACAAGCCUGACAAGCCUGACAAGCCUGACGAGCCUGACAAGCCUGACAAGCCAGAUGCCAAACCUGCCGGUCUACGUGCAUUCUUUCAACAUACCAAGCGCAAGGCUUCCACCUCACAGUUGUCCGUAUCCUCAGAGGUGUCAUCAGGAGCUCAACCAAAACAACAGGGCACAUCGAAUAGCCGAACCUUCUACAGACCACGACACGCGGAACGCGACAUGAUGCUUUCCAUGCCGGUGACACAGAGACCAAAUCUUGUUGCAAAAGCUCAAGAAGCACGCCUGCAACAUGUAUGCACAGAAAUUGGAUUCAACACAGCUUCACCAUCCACAUCCGGUCGACAGCGGCCUUUGGAAGUCCAUCCAAAGCUGCACAUGCAUCGUUAUUCAACUAUGGACUUACGAUCAUCCACAGCAUCAUUAGGGGCCCCAUCAAGCUCCGGGUGGUGUCGAAGUCCGGGAUCGCUAAGGUCUGUCUCUAGUCCCAUAGGGCACCGAGACGCCAGGUCUAUCGCGACCAUUGACUGGGCGAAAGGCGUAGUUCCCGGUGCUCGGCCUGUUGAUCCCACUUCAGACUAUGCUUCGCACAGCCGGCAAGUUGAGAGCGGCAACAAAGGCCUGGUGACCCCGUUCGAGAGAGCGACGACAGAGGCAGAGGACAGCAGCAAUGCCACUCACCGUUUACUGGGUGCGACUUGCCCCACACGUCAAAGGCCAGCGUACUUCAGUCAUCAUAGCUCCAUACCGAACUUGAGAGCUAGAUCUAUCGAGGGCAAGGGCAAAGGCAAAGGCAGAGCAGCCGAAGGAGAUGUUCACUACAACGGCACUGCGAGUCUUGUGCAGCAGAGUGGGAAUCGAGAUUCGGAUCUGGUCCGCCAUCUUCCUUCUCCGUCAUCUUCCUCACAUCGACCACUGCCCACUGCACCAACACCACCAAGCGACUCCAGUGUUACAGACUCAUCGGUGGACUCGGGGAAUACUUCCAAUCGUUGGUCUGUUGCGGCCUCUCGAAGUCAGGGGUCGAUCAGCACAAUCAUCACGCGACAGACGGAAUACACGGAGCAGGGCAAAGCAACAACGAAUGAGGAACAAGAGGAAGAGUAUCCAGAAGGGGAAGAGCCUGAAGUCAAGGAAGCGCAGACAGCGAUUGAGCAUAAGGCGAGCGUGGUAUCAGACGCCAACGAGUCGGAGUGGGAAAGAGCGGAGUCUGAGUCGUCCUGA